AUGGUAAUAACUUUACUGCAAUUCCUUGGUGCAACUAACCUUAUGUUCCGUGUCUCCACAUUCGUUUCCCCUGAUGGCAUGCCAAGACAUUGCGUUUUAGGGCUAUCUCCAGACACACGUGGGUGGAAGCAAAGGCUGCAGGCUUCCUUCUUGAUCACAGUUUGCUUUGUUGCGUUGGCUCAAUGCUUGACGGGAUCAGAUAUAUUGCAAUGGCGGUCUUUCUACGCAACUCAAGAUGAUGCAUGGAAAGCUCAUUACCAGGAGGUGUUUGACCAUGGCAUUCGUGAAGUUUUGGGUGUUAUAGAGGAAGAUGAAGUGUGUUCAGUUGCAAGACUGUUGGGUGAUCUUGUUUCAUAUAGAGCAUCAGGCACUGGCCAUUUGGAGUUUUUGGCAGGCCUUGCUCUGUUGCAGAAUAAUAGCCAGUUUCCUAAAUCAUAUGAGAACUGCAUGGAAGCUCCAGCUUUUCAUCUUCAGGAGGCUGCCACGUUUCAUAAAUUUGCUGAAGCUGCUUACACUGGGCCACUGCUUGAUGUUGGGAGAAACCCUGCCUUGUUUUUAUGCACAUGGGUCUGUAGGCAAGGGAUCUUAACACCUUGGAGCCGUAAAUGGCGGCCUAAACUUGAUGGUGAUAAUUGGUGGAGAGGUCAUGCAGCUGCCUUCCUUAAGUUUAUAGAUUUUCCUGCUCAUGAGAAGUCUAAAGCAACAUACUUCGUUGUAGUGUUACAUUAUCUAAGAUGUGUUGUAAUUGCUGUUAGAGGAACUGAGACGGCUGAAGACCUCAUAACUGAUGGUUUAGGUCGUGCUUGUUCGUUAACUCCUGAAGACAUGGACCGCCUAGCAAAUCGCAUUCGUGUUAUGGAUUCUUCUCGUACACACUACGGGCAUUCGGGAAUAGUAGAAGCUGCAAGAGAUCUAUUUACGCAAAUAGAAGGAGACCCUGGAGAGUCAGGAUCUACUGGCUUCCUGUCCUCGUUGAUUGGUGAUGGAGGCGAGUGUGCUGGCUACAGCAUUCGCAUCCUUCGUUGCAGAUUCCCUAACCUGUAUGUAUAUGCAUAUGGACCUCUCCCAUGUGUAGAUCAAGAUGUGGCAGAGGCAUGUUCUGAAUUUGUUACAAGCAUUGUACUGGAUAACGAAUUCUCAUCACGGCUCUCGUAUGGAUCAAUCCGCCGACUACAAGUAGCAGCAAUCAAAGUACUGUCUCAAGAUCCUAAAGCUGAUACAGCACUCAUUUUCAGACUCGCACGCCGGUUUUUGUCUGCUAGCAAACGGCAUAGGCAACAUGAUGUUGAAGAGCAAACUACAGGAGAAUCUAUACCAUCAAUAGUAAUUGAAGAUCAAACUUAUCCAAUUUUGGAAGAAGCUGAACCAGAAAUGAGGCAACAUGAUGAGGAAUUCAUUAAUCCGUUCCACGAGACGGCGGCGGUCUCAACAGUUAGUCCUGUCUCUCAGUUUAUGGAAACAGUCCAAACAAGAGGAGAAGAUGUUGAUGAUGAAGCUCCGGAGAUGUUCUUGCCUGGUUUAGUCAUCCAUAUUGUACACGAAGGAAACAACAUGAGCGUGCCUAUAUGGCGAGGGUGGCCGAUAUGUGAUGUGCCAGAUGGUUACAAAGCUUAUGUUGCAAACAGAGAGAGCUUCAAAGAAAUUAUGGUUUCUCCAUCAAUGUUUCUUGAUCAUCUUCCUUGGAGAUGCAGACACGCAAUGCAGAAGGUUUUAGAAUCUCGCAAUCUCUACUGCGACAUGACUAGUGAUCUGACAUAGUAUGUAUGACACAAGACAUGAAAGAUGUUUCGAUUAAAUAACAGCAGAAUGUGCAUAUAUGUUUUUUCUAACCAAACAUUCAAACAACAUUAUUGAAUGACCAAUGUCAUUUACCUUCACAAUUGAAUUAGUUCUUUCUAUUUUUGGCAAAGGCCACUAAGAUAAAAUGGUUAAUUUUUAGAUGGUACGUACGUGAAGUGAUUGAACACUUGACUGGUUACGACAGUUUACAGUUAUAUAUUCCUUUAGAAUAUUGUCGGCUGGUCGUUAUUAUAGAAUUUGUUUUCAAAUUUAGGUCACCAGUUACUUGUGGAGCAAGAAUUUUUUUGAAAUAGUUUUAGCUUUAUUUAGACCAUCUCCAACAAUAGAUCCACCAUUAAAGUUCUAAAUCAAUUUUUUAAGUGAAAAUAAUUAAAUUAAAAAUUUUAGAUACUUGUUUAAUUUUGGCCCCUCCAAUGAUAGAACCAAUUAAGGGUUCUAAAUUUCAAAAUUUUGAAAAUUUGUAAUAAGAGAUUUGAUUACUUGCAUCACACUCUACAAUAAAAAAAACUUAUAAUUAUUGAAUUACAUAAAAUUUAAAUUAACUUGACAUAAAAACAUAUAACAUAGAUUUAAAAAUAAUAAAUAAAACUAAACGAUUAAUAGUUAUUUUGCCUUGUACCAAAUUUACGCCAUAUAUGCUCAACCAAAUCAUUUUUCAAUUGUUCAUGUAUGUUGCGAUCACGAAGUCGAGUUCGAAUUGCCAUCAAAUUGCCAGUAUUUGAAGGCAUAUCUGUAGAAUACAUGAAAUCGACAUGAGAACUUCUGCUUGAUUCUACUUGUGCGAAUUCUGAUACAUCAAAUUGAGUGUACCCAUCUCGUUCGUCUUCCACUAUCAUAUUGUGUAAUAUGAUACAUGCUCUCAUAAUCUUUCCGAUUUUUACCUUAUCCCAAAUA